UGCUCUUAUAAAAAAAGGAGGCUGCUCGGUUUCGUUUAUUCAUCCAAAAAAAAAAAAAAAAAAAAAGAAGAAAGUUUGGUACUCCUCAUUAGAAAGAAAGAAAGAAUAUCACAAACAAGAUGGUUGCUGAAGUUGCAGUUCCAGUUCCAAUGUUGAUGCUGGCCGAGAAGGAAGGGAAUGAAGAAAAACGUGAGUUUUUUGACUUAAUAAAGGGUGUCACCUACACUAUGAGUUUCCCAGAACUUGUGGGAAAACGCUGUUUGGGUGUUGGAAUUUCAGGAUGGAUUUUCACAGCAGAUGGCAAAGGGAAUAUGAAUUUGUUCCAUCUCAAUUCUCGUUCUCUUAUAGAAUUGCCUCACAUGGACACACUCAAGGGUUUUGAUGCAGAUCAUGUACGCGGUUACUGCGAGUAUUAUGUUGAAAAAGCACUGCUCUCUUCGGAUCCUCAUACAACCGACGACUAUAUUUUGAUGAUUAUUCAAGGAGUACCUCGUUCAUUAGCUUACUGGAAACCUGGAAAGAAGGGGUUUAUUACACCAGGACUGCCCGAACGGGCCUAUUCUGAUGUAACAUGGCAUGAUGGCCAGUUUUAUGGAGUUGAUUAUGGGGGAAACGUUGUAAUCUUGGACUUUAGAGGAGGGUUAGAACCAACCAUUGGAAGGGUAGUUAAAGGAGUGCCUUCUGAGUUUAUUUGUGGAAUGCGGCUCUACAUUGUGCAUUCUUUAGGUGACCUAUUUGUGAUCACUCGAGAUGGAGUUUGUAACCACCCCGAAACAAAUUCAUAUGGUGUUGAAGAAUUUAUUGUUAGCAAGGUGGAUGUGGAUAAUGAGAGUUAUGAGGAGGUUGAUGAUUUGGAGAAGAGGGCACUCUUCCUCGGGUUUAGUGCCUCUUUGGUUGUCGAACAAUAUGGAUGCAAAGCGAACCAUAUAUAUUUUACUGAUGAUUGUUCUGAGGCCUACUAUUCUAGUGAAAAAGGAGGUGGCAAGGACAUGGGCAUAUACAACUUGUUUGAGGAUACCAUUGAGCCUCACUAUACCGGUGAAUCCUACCACAGAUUCAGUCCACCUGAGGAUGCUAAGGACUGAAGAUCAGCUAGGACUUGCAGAGAUCGAGCUGCUCAUGCUUACUGUCCACUUUUAUAUUUUGAUGUUUACCUUUUAAUGUUAGCAAUAAAUAUAUCAGUUUAGCAUAAAUAAGUUCGUAAGACAAUGUUUUCUUGCAUUU